GUAGACAGAAACUUACAUUGGAUGUCUAUAGUAUUGUAAUAAAAUAAGUGAAGAACGCUCAAUAAAUACUGAGAGAGCUGAUAUAUAAAAAUAAAGUUUUAUUACAUUAUCAUGUGAAUACAGUAUAUAAUAAUUUCCAUAAAUAAUUAUUCUAAAUAUUGUCCACUUUUUUUUUGUCUUGAAAACUGUUGUCUCUUUGAAUAAGCAAUGAUUUUGUCACAGAGAGGCUGGGAUUUCGGAGUGCUUCCUCUGUGAUUGGUGUUUUACUAAAAAUUUUAGUUUUUGGUUGAGCCUCUGAAGAUGGUGUGUAAGGGGUUAUGGCAUUAAUAUAUGAAAAUGUGUGGAAGAUGGAAAUUCGGAAAAAAUUAUUAUGUGAUUGAUUCAUAUUUUUAUCGGAUCAUUAAUUGGACAAAUUAAGAAUUCUCAUACUAAUAGAGAGCGGCUUUUAGACAUUGUUUUUCUUCAGAGCCGAUAAGAUGGAGAGAAGAAACUGAAUCGAACCACCGUUAAGGCAUAUCCUGGAUGCAAGUUGCUGCUAAGAACAAAAAUGUUGCUUUAGUUGUUCAUUUUAGUAGCACAGGGUAUAAAGAAUAAUAAUGUUACUUAAAUCAGGUGGUGUCUCUUACAAUGGAUAAUAUACAUAGUCUUGACCCAAGGAAACAAGAACUUCUGGAAGCUAGAUUCUUAGGCAACAGGAGUUUUUCUAAUAGUGUUCAAGAGCAGCUACUGCAGGCACAGCAACAAGUAAACCAGAAUGCUAGUAUAAUGCAGAAUACUAGUGGACUAAACCUUGCAUUAGGUGCUAACAAUAGUAAUAGCAAUAAUAAUCAAGAUUCUAAUCUCAGUGCUGCCAGUGGUAGCUCUGUAAAUAGUGAUAAAGAAACCGAGGGUCCCUACGAGGUCUCUAAAGUCACAAAAGCCCUCAAAAAGUCAAGAAAUGGCAAUUCUCCUGAUAAAUAUACACCACUUAGGCAACAAAGUACAGAAAGAAAACGGAAAAGGAAAGAUGAUUCUUCCUCAUCUGACUUAGUUUAUUCUCGGAAGCCCACUACAGCUGAACCUACUAAGAAAAUAAAUGAAUAUUUUAAGUAUCCUUCAUCUCCUCAGGCUUCUACUUUACAAUCUCCUCUCUCUGCUACAAUGGGAAGCAGUCUAGAUUAUGCACAGUUAAUGGGUCCAAUGCAACGGACUAUACAGAUGUUUCACCGUGCUGUGCAAACUGAUCUAACCAUCAAUAAAAUCAAAGAACUAGAGAGCAAAUCUGCUAUGGAUUUAGAAAUCAGAGAUAACAGAAUUGAUGAAUUACAAAGAGCUGGUGAUGAAUAUAAAAGACAAGUCAAUGCUCAUCAAAAAUUAAUUGAUAAACAAAAAGAGCAGCAAGCAAAAUGUUUAAGUGUUACUAAGCAAUUAUUGAUUGAAAAGAGCACGAUGGAAAAGAAAGCAGCUCGACAAAAAUGUAUGCAAAAUAGGUUACGGCUUGGGCAGUUCAUUACUCAGCGUCAAGGAGCUUCAUUUGUAGAAAAUUGGGUUGAUGGAUAUGCAUUUACAGAACUUAUUAAAAAGCAAGAAGCCAUUGCUACAGAGAGAGAAGAAAUUGAAAGACAAAGAAAAUUGCUUGGAAAACGGAAACCCAGUACAGCACAACCAAAAGGCAGGGCAAAUAAUGGACCUGCUCUAGCAAAUGGGGACUUCGCUAAACCAGAUCCUCCAAAGGAUGUUCUCUCAAAACUUUCAUGGUUAGAAUACUAUGAACAUGAGGAAAUUUUAAAAUUACGACAAGCAUCACUGAAAAAAGAAGACACAGAUUUACAAGUAGAGUUAGAAAAACUUGAAAGAGAAAGAAAUUUACAUAUUAGGGAAUUAAAGCGAAUACAUAAUGAAGAUCAGUCUCGGUUUAAUAACCAUGCUGUGCUCAAUGACAGAUAUCUGUUACUAACUCUUCUAGGUAAAGGUGGUUUUAGUGAAGUACAUAAAGCUUUUGAUCUGAAAGAACAAAGGUAUGUUGCAUGUAAGAUACAUCAAUUAAAUAAAGAUUGGAAAGAUGACAAAAAAGCUAAUUAUAUCAAGCAUGCGCUUAGGGAGUACAAUAUUCACAAAUCUUUAGAUCAUCCACGUGUUGUCAAAUUGUAUGAUGUAUUUGAAAUAGAUCCUAAUUCAUUUUGUACAGUAUUAGAAUAUUGUGAUGGUCAUGACUUAGAUUUCUAUCUCAAGCAACAUAAAAGUAUUCCUGAAAGAGAAGCACGUUGCAUAAUAAUGCAAGUUGUUCAUGCUUUAAAAUAUUUAAAUGAAAUAAAGCCUCCUGUGAUUCAUUAUGACUUGAAACCAGGGAAUAUUUUACUAGGAAGUGGAACUGUAAGUAAUGAAAUAAAAAUCACUGAUUUUGGUCUAAGUAAAAUAAUGGAUGAUGAAAGUUAUAGUCCUGAAAUUGGCAUGGAUCUGACAUCCCAGGGCGCUGGAACUUACUGGUAUCUUCCUCCUGAAUGUUUUGUUGUUGGUAAAAAUCCACCAAAAAUAUCAUCUAAAGUAGAUGUGUGGAGUGUGGGAGUCAUUUUUUACCAAUGUCUAUAUGGUAAAAAGCCAUUUGGUCACAAUCAAUCUCAAGCUACUAUAUUAGAAGAAAACACCAUUUUAAAAGCUAAAGAAGUUGAAUUUCCUCCCAAGCCAGUUGUGAGUAAUGAAGCUAAACAAUUUAUUCGCCGAUGUCUUCAAUACAGAAAAGAAGAUCGCAUUGAUGUUUUUAGUCUUGCUAAUGAAGACUACUUAAAACCGAACUAUCCCAAACACAGUCGUCAGUCUAGUGCUGAAAAAUCAUAGCAGGACAGUGUUCGUUAAGAACAUUGACCAGAACUUCACAAAUCCCUUAUGUCUGCAUUUGUCAAGUGUAUAUUAUAAAAACUUUUUUAGAUUUGCCCUGGCAUCUGGAUCAAAGUGCAAAUGAAAGGUUGCCUGGUGCAAACAUAGUGUUAUGUACAGUAAUUGAAAAUGUGUUUAUAAAACAAUCCAGUGUUCCUAGUAUUUUCACUGCUGAACUGCACUGGCCUGGAACUUGUCAACUCACAUAAUUAAAUUGAAUCUGGUUGUAGUUGAAGGCAAGUGCUUCAUGUACAUCUCAUAGUUUGAUGAACUAUCAUUUCAUUGACAUGAAAAGUCAGAAGAUAUAGUGAAAUUGUGAAUACCAAAUUGUAAAAAACAAAAUUAUGACAUCAGUUCUUUUACUGAAAUAAUUUAGUAUCCUAUUAAAGGCAUCCUUAGCAUGAGUUUGCCAUGUAGAAAUUGAAAACAAUUUAUUAUUUUGUGAAUAAUUUGUCCUUUAUUUUUAAUGCCAAAACCUAUUUCCGGUAUGUGUGGGGCUGAAACUCUUUGUACAUAUUUAAACCCACAAGAUUGCAACUGCGAGCUCUACAUAUCUCUUCAUUCUGUGUAUAUAAAGUAAAAUUGAAAAAUUUAUCCCAUUGCAAAAUAGAAUUUUUGUCAUGUUACUUCUGUUGGCAUAAUUUAAUUACCAAUGAUGUCUUCAUUUUAUUAUUAAGUUUGUUUUAGUUGCAACAUAUAUAUGUAUGUGCACCUCCAUUUUAAAAUGCUUUUAUCUCAUGUAUCCAAAUUUGAUUUUUGGAAAUGUUAACAUUUUGUAAUGACUUGCUGAUUUUUUUAAUU